AUGCCCUCGCCCGUGUUCUUCUCGCACCCACCUCCGGGGUUUUCGAUUCUCUCAAUUCUGCGAGGUAUCCAGCUGUCUCUGAUUGGCUCCUACAGGGCCGCAUUGAACCCAAACCUGCUGAACACCAAGUACUAUUCCAAAGCUCUCAAUAUAAUGAAAUGGUCCAUAAUACUCCAUGUGAUAAUGAAUAUCCCGCUGAUUGCAGCCACUAUUUUCCUCCGAUUUCUAGAGCUUUUCCUGUUAUCGCAUGAGACUGUGGCGUUAGUGCUAGACAAGCUCAAGUUCUUCCAGAUGCAUCUUCUCAACAUCAACCCGUUCCUGAUCAUGUCGUUCAGAUUUUUCACUAACGACCUGGACGAUGUGUAUUUCGAGUCAUUGCGUUUUGCAGACAGAGUGUAUGCUCAAAAACAUCCAGACAAACCCAAAACAUACGCAGCAAACUUAGAGCAUUGCGAAAAGUACAUGAAGACAGUUGCUCCCGACCCUAGACCGCAAACACCUUCGUAUCUGUUGCAACAGAUCAAUUCACUGAAACCUGAAUUUUUCAACACUACCUGGAUGCCCAAGAUAACAAACUUCAAUGGGUUCGCUGAAUUUGCGGUGUCCUACAUCUACAACACUGCAUUGUCUAUAGUACUGUUUUUCCUAGCCAAGACGCCUUACGUUGGCGCUCUUGUGUUCCCGGUGGCCACAUUCAAGAACCUCAACAGGUCCAUAGGAACAUUCUACGCACUUGUAAUAGUGUUUAUUACGUUUCUUCUACCGGAGACAUAUUCCUUGUUCUUGCUGAACACCAUUUUUGGCUCGAAACAACUCAUGAUGCUUCUGCUGAGACCGUACUUCAAGUGUCUGCCUCUCAACCCUCAGCAGCGCGAGCUGUGGUACCUUUCGAGAAUAGGCUGUCUCUAUGGGUUCAGUCUCAUGUUCUAUCUAUUGCUAAGACUACCUAUUAUCGGCCUGCUGGUUUACGGCGUGGCAGAGGCAGCAACGGGCCAUUUGACCACCAAAAUCAGCGAUCCACCUCCAAACGUCACCGGCCCUCUUCUGCAGCAAUGGGCCCAGGAGCAAUGUCUGUGGAACAAGGAGUACUAUGACGAGAUCCAUGAUAUUAUGGGCGAUAUCGAACCUACCAUACCUGGAACAUUUAAGGAACGCACCGAAUGA